AAAACCCAAUAUUCAGGAGAGUCCAAGGUGGAAGAAAACAGACACUUUUUGUCUGACGUGAGAAAUCCAACCUGGAUUCUCAGAUCAGAAAUUUGUCGAUCAAACAACUGGAUGACAUAAAAUCCGACUUUGUUAUUUCCGAUUUUUAUUAUGUGUGGCUGCAGCUCAAAAUGAAAAAGACCAAACUGUGAAAAAUCUUGGAUUUUGAGGUCCAGGGAUGGAUCAGUUUAUGGUGGUGUGAAGAAGAGGCACGACGCACCAAAAAGGAGAGAAAUUUGGUUUCUGAAACUGGGUAUCUCUCGGCCAUGGCAGAUAAGCUUUGUUUGAUGGCUUCUCAUGGCUACCCUCACGGCCUUGUUUUACAGCAAGAGCAGGGCAUAGUCAAGGAUUUUCAACCCCUUCUGCCGAGUUAUGGAGCAAAGCAGGAAAUCACAAAACUGGGAUCUUUGAAAUUGAUGCCGCAGCAAUGUGAGGAGCCAUGGAAACUCGCCAAUGGAUUGCCAGAGGCCAACUGGUUUGCCAAGACCGAAAGGCCUGUACUCACUGAGAUGCAAAAUGUUCAUCCAGACUCAGUGCUGUUCAGUAUUGGAAUUGCUGAACACUUCAUAAGACGUGAAAAAAUGUUGCAGUUCCUCAAGUCUGGAGAAACUGAAGCAGAGAAAGGCGGACUAGAUAUAACCGUACUAUAUAACUUGAUGGGGUUACAUGAAAUGAGCCAACAAGCAUUCAUUCCUUCUCUUAUCUACCCAAGUAGUGAGUUUAAUACCCAGAAGCCUCUCUUGGACUUUGUGGGAGGUCUUGCCUGGAGUUCCAAAAUUGCAGUUCAGCCAGAUGGUCGAGUCUUAUUCACAGGUACAGGGACUGAGAUGGAGCAUCUCCUUUCGGUUGUUGCUGAGUUUUACUCAUUGAGAAACUCAGUUUGUUGGAAAAAGCAGUCUGUGCUGGUUCCGCACUUCAAUAGGGUGGAGAGCAGGGAUGCAGGAGCUAAUAUUGAUGGAACUUUUUUGAAGAUGCAAGUGACUACCCUUGCUCCUUUAAAGAGUCCGGAAAAAGUCAAAAAAAAGGCAACACAAAAGCAGAAGAGUGGGAAAAGAGUAGGCAAAGAUAGAGAUCUCUACAAGAGGAACUAUUUCCACGCCUGUGAGAGCCUUCUAUCUUUAAUGAUUAACAGAAGGCGGCAUGGGAAAUCAGCAAUUCUCUCACUUCAAAGAUCUGGCCCUGAGGUUCCAGAGCUCCUCACCCAGUUUUCUGCUAGUAUCGCUGGAACCGGCUUAGCUCUCCUAUUCUCUGUCCUCUGUAAAGUAAGUUGUGGGAGGGGGCCCUUUUGUGCGUCCAAACUCUUGAAUACUGGAGUUGCAAUUGGGUUAGUUUGGCUCUCUUGGGCAGUGAACAAGCUGAGGGACACAAUUAUUCAUAUCAGCAAGAAUUCAAAGAAGUUGGAUCUAAAAGAAGAGGAAAUAAUGGAAAGGGUAGAGGGAAGUGUGAAAGAGAUUUACUUUAGAGCUGCAACACUGAUGGCAGUGGCCGUGUUGAGGCUUGCUUGAGCAUGAAAUGAGAAGAAGAAGAUACACAGAUGGUUUGAGGAACAUUUGACUAGAGCGAUGAACAAGAGAAUAUCUGUACAUAUGGUGACCAAGUUGGGUGAUCGGCAGAGAGGUGAAGCUUGUUGGACAUGAGGUGUGAAGAACCCAUCUUUGAAAGAAAAGUUGGAAAUCUGAUUUCAGUUGCCGUGAACCAGAGCUCUCGUCAUCCGAGCUCUGGACCAGUCAGCUGGUAGUAGUAGUAGUCAUGUAGAAUGUGAAUUGAUAGAAGGGUGACUUGGUGGUAGUCUGUAGUACUAAACAAUUUUGUGCGUGAAACUGUCUUUCUCUUCCCCUCUAUGAUCUUAUAAUCUCGAUGGCUGUUCAAAUAACUUUUGCAUUGGUUAUAGAAUAAAUGUUUUAAUAAUAGCUGUUAUUGGAA